CGUCAUCGGUCAUUUCCUGUAAGGAAGUUGUCCGUUCAUAACAAAUGUCAGAUCGUCGUUGAGUUGUUGUACAACUUCACAUGAAUUUCACCUCAGUUUGAGGACAACAUUUAGAAGAGGAAAACUUUGUUUUACGUAAGUCUGCUUUAGUCUUUAUUUCCUCGAACAUUUCGACUCGUCCCAUUCGCUUUUUUUUUUCUUUUAAAGCUAAUGCUAACAGCUCAUACAUCACUUCGCUUUACCUGCUUUUGUGUCUUUUCUGUGCAGACUGACCGUCUCAGUUAUUGUUCUGUGUAUUUACAACCUAAUCCUAACAAAAAGGUUUUAAUUUAGUUACUCUAUGAGGUAAAUAAGCACUGCAUUUAAUGUUAAAGAGAGAAACGCAGAUUAUUGUUUACCUCUUGUGCACAGGUGUGGUGCUGAAGGUGUCAAUGUUAAACUGACAUUAAAACAGUGAAUGGUAUGGACUCAUGGCAUCUGUUAUAUGUACUUGUUGGAGAUAGAUUGUCACUAAAAGUAAACGAAAUCAUGGAUGAAAAUAUCUUCAGUUUCCUUUCACCUGAGUAAAUUCUUCCUCUGUGUUUUUGCAGAGAUCUCUGUACCCAUGGAAGCACCAGAGCAGGGGCCAGCAGAUGGAGAGGAGCGCAUGGUGGAGCUCCGACCUCGGACACGCUCCAACCCUGAAGGCGCAGAGGACCGCCGCAGCAGCACAGGCAGCAUAGGAGGAAACAACAACUCCAGCAUCUCUCAGCCUGCUGUUGGGAGUCGUGUCGAGGGGGAGGGUGAAGCUUCAACCAGUGACAGUCCUCCAAGUUCCACCACCGCCACUGUCUCAGUCGCCGCAGCCCAGACUGCAGCUCCAACUGUGGCGACAACAGCAGCAGCCGCAGCCAGCGCAACAGUGCCGCUGUCCACUGCAACUGUAGCAGCCAAAGAGAGACCGAAACCCACACCGCAGCAGCCGACACUAACAACUGUCCCUCAGCCUGCAGAGUACCAGCUCAGAGUCCCCCGGGUCAACUGUCCAGAGAAAGUGGUACACAUGAUUACACUUCCAAUAUUUGUUUUAGAAAAAAGAGAAAAAUUUCUUUCACCACAACGUUUUGACCAUCUAAUGUUUUAUUCCUCACCUCAGAUCAUCUGUUUAGACCUUUCUGAAGAGAUGUCUUUGCCAAAGUUGGAGUCUUUUAAUGGGUAGGCCUCAGUUAAGUAAACCUAAUCUCCUUAAUAUCAAUUUUGCAUUUGUCAUCUUUUCCUGAUAUGUAUUUUUUUUGUUUAGAUCUAAAACAAAUGCUCUGAACAUUUGCCAGAAGAUGAUCGAGAUGUUUGUCAGAACUAAACACAAGAUUGACAAACGGCACGAGUUUGCUCUGGUAGUAGUCAACGACGACGCUUUGUGGGUGAGUACAGAAGUGUUGAAAUCUUCUCCAGAGGUCAUUUUAAAUGUUCCGGCAAAGUAUUUAUACAAUGUUUAAUGUCUUCUUAUGUAUAUUUGUAUAUUUAUGUCUCUUAGCUCUCAGGCUUCACCUCAGACCCCAGGGAGCUGUGCAGCUGUCUGUACGACCUCGAGACUAAUGUGUGCGAGUCUUUCAGUAUCCUUUCAUAAAAACUUUCUCUACAACAGAGAAAAUAUAUAUUUUAUCACUUUUGUGCUUUUUUUUCAGACAUGAACAUCUUAAAAUCAAACAGAAUCAAAAAUUCCACAGAUUCAAUCAAAUUUACACCAGAUGGAAUCACUGGCUUCUUCAAUCAUUAUCUUCUUUUUUAGUUGGUGUCAUUCUUGCAGCUAUGCUCAGUAAUAAUAUUAGUUAUAACAAAAAAAUAUAAUAGCAAUAAUAAUUAUUACCAUAAUUUAACAGAUAACUUGUAAACACAAAAUGCACCCAAAAAAUCAACAAAAAUACGUGGAAAAGACAUGAUAAAAUUAUUUCAGGACAACAAAAUGGUUACAAAAACUGGUAAAAAGACAUGAACCAGUGAGCUGCAGGGUAACUAAUCAAUAAAACUAUUAAGAGGAGAUUUAAAAGAUGUCACUUUUAAACACUGAAAGAAGUAAGUUUUUGUAUUUAUAGAUGGAUAACUUAAAAUAGCCACAAACAGAUGGCUGCAUGUGUGAUUUCUGAAGGUGAUGAGCACAGAUAGAUCAUUUUAAGAUGCCUGUGUGAGUUUGUGAACGAUUGAUCAAAGGUAAUCCCAGCAGUAGACCCAUUGUUCAUCUGAAAGACUGUAUGGGGUGUGUAGGACUCAUAACAAACUCCACUUGUCAAGUUUUAGCCUUCACAGCCCUCUGCAGAUUUGGAAGAUCUCCUCAAUGUGAUGUAAGUCCUCCCUGAGUUUAAACCCCGACUGAUAUUUGAGGUGACAACAAAAUGUUUUAUUUAAGGGUUUUUCUCUGUUUUCUUCUGUUGUCUUCGCAGACGUCAGAAGAUUGAGCUCCCAUUGAUGGAGAACGUUCAGACCAUCCCUCCUCCAUACGUGGUGCGGACGGUGCUCAUCUACAGCCGACAUGCAGGACAGCUUCAGUUCAACCCUUCUGAGGCUUUUAGUGUAAGAAUGAAAGCUGCUGAGAUCUCUCUGUGUUUUAAUGUGUCUGUUUCUCUUUCUCAAAGGUGAAACUAUUUGCUACCCUGUCUGUUUUAGAAGUCCUAUUUCAUCAUGUAGUUGGUCGCGUCAAGCAGCUCAUUGACUUUACAUUGAACUUUCAGUUUUGCUUGUGUUUGUGUUCUUCCAGAAAAUGCUGCAGUCUCCAUAUUUUUUCUUUGAUGUGGUUUACCUGCACAAUGGCGUGGAGGAGCAGGGGGACGAGACCAGCUGGAGGGUGAGUGAAUGAGCUGAAAAAUGGCAAAUACACUUUAGAUUUUUCUGUUCCAGGAUACAUUUGGCAAACUUCUGUGUGAAAGUGUUUUGUGGGGAAAUGAUAGGGACAAAAAUUGGCAGCACAUGCUGUAUCUUAACAAAGUUAUUGCUUUCUUCUUUGAGAAACUUUGCUCUGAGGCUGAUGGAGGCACACUCUGGAUGUUAACACCCUUCAGCUGUCCUGCACACUGACAGACGUGUAUGAUGUAUUGUUGAGUGAAUGUGUUAAAUGUCCUGUCCUCUGCUGCGAAUAAAGUGAUCUGAAUCUGAAUCUAAAUCUAACACCCAGACAUGCAGCAAAGUCUUGAGGCCUGAAGUCCAACCAGUGACCACUGCGGCUUGACCUAUAAUCUCUGUGCGUUAGGCAUGACUGCUGAGCCAAACUGAGAUCCCAUUAUUUGCUGCUUUUUCAGUAAAUCAUUUCUCUGACUGAGGCCUGCAUUCCUGAACUGCUGCACACCUGUUACAUCUAAGAGUAACUUCUACUUUGAGUGUAUCUGAACUUUUUCCUGCCAGCCUAUGCAUAAAUGUCAGGAAUCAAAGUUUCACUGAGUUUGUUUUUCUUGCUGGUGCAAAUGGGAGCAAGACAUUUAUUUAUAUAUUUUUAGCUCUUAGAACAAAAGAGGAAAAGGAAGAGAGACAAAAAUACAGUAAGAGGAGAGGAGGGUUGACAUGCACCAAAGACCAAAGGAUGUGAGGGUGUGAGUCAAACCAGCAGCCAGUGUACAGAGGACUGUUGCCUUUGUAUAUGAGGCAACUGAACUGAACCGAACUUGCGCCCCAGGAGCAAUAAAAUUCAGUCACACCAAAUUUACUCUAGCCACAUCAAAUGGAAGGAGUAAUGAGGUUCACAGUGUAAAAGUUUCACAGCGUCCCUCCUCUUUAUAGAGUCUGCAGAGUGUUUCUCUGAACUGGCAUUGCGUUCAAACUGAAACAGACCAACACAUACGUUUUCCUGUAGAUCAGAAACUAAAUGUCCGUACCUUGCCGCAUUUUCAGUGAAUUCAUCAAAGUUCUUCUGUCCAUCUUACUAAUCCUGAUAAACAGGCAGGGUUGUUGUUAAAACCUGCAGGAUAUUUUCUUGUGCUUCACGUGUGUGGUUUUCUGUCUUUAGGACAACUACACCUCAUUUUGCAACCUGGACUCAAAAGGCAUGUGCUACCGCUUUGAAGUCUCCCUCAGUGGACCCGCCAUCGAGUUGCACAACUGCAUGGCCAAACUUCUGGCUCACCCUCUGCAGAGACCUUUUCAAAGCCAUGCGUCUUACAGCCUGCUGGAGGGGGACGACCCCCAGGACAUUGAGGCAACCGUCUAAAACUGUACGCACUCAUAAAACUCUGGUUCAUAAAAGGAUUUUUCCAUGCACACCUUAUUGCUGAGGGUUGUUUCCACUCACCUAUUGAAUAAUCUGGAAAAUGUGAGCGUAGGCCAACACCUAACAACUCAUCUGUUUUGUUUCCUUAAAAAAAAGAAAUUGAGUCAUCUUUUAUUUUCAGCUGAGGAGUCGUAAAGUGAUCUGAUUGUUGGCGGCUGAACUGCUGGAAGUUUCCUAAAGAUGAAGUUGAUGUCAGAGUUCAGGAAGGGGACACAGGUAGAAGGGGGAGGAAAUAAGGAAAAUAAGUUGAGGUUUCUGAUUUUGUCAAAUACCCACAAUGUUGAUUUUUACCUUCAGGUCUUUGACCACACAGACUUAUCUUAACAUCUUUAAGGUUGACAUGAGUGCGAGCACAUAGCAGUAUCCUUAGCUGCCCUCGUUUUCUUUGGAAACUAGGAUAACGAACUGAAUCACAUAGGUCACCAUGUCUGUAAGACUGCCUUUUGUCGUAGUUAAUCAUUUCCACCUUUUGUUGCCUAUUUUAAUGUGAUUUUUAUUUUAUACUGAGCUAUUUUUGAAUCAUUGUUUUGCGUAUUGCUCGGACAACAGAAGAAUGUACAGUGAUGUCGUCGGGGCUCCUCUUAGACAAUGAUUUCUGAGGCACUGUUGGACUGACCGUGUGAUUAAAAAGCCCUCCUCACUGUCAGUGAAGCUGCUCUUUGAACACAUUGUACAGACAAGCUCUUGAAAGCUGUUUCAGGUUAUUAAAAAGGCAAGUUUAAUCCUAUUCUUUUGCCUGUGGUUUCUUUGUUUUGUCAGAAGGUGGCAGCAAAGUCUUCCUUUGGGUCUUUGUCUCAAAGCUUUGUCUCAAAGAUUUCUUAAAUGUUACAGCCUGUGCAGAAAAGUGUAAAUUUUGAUUUAUUUUU